UUGUGUAACAUAGUUGUCUUAUAGCUAUAUAUAUUAUACUGAACUCUAUAGUCUGAAGUGUAUAUACAGUAUAUAUAUAUACUAUACUGUAUAGUCUGGAGUAGCUGAUAGCAGGGUGCAAAUUAUUGCUAGUAAAAGGAGGAAAAAUUGUGUUUUAGUUUUCCGGAGUCAGGUGCUGUGACAAAUUCUGACAUUACUACAAAUAUUUAACUGAUUUUUUCGCUGUUGGUGAAGUGAAUACUCAGAUGGCUGAGAGGAUUCCCUGGUGGAAGGCCUUCUCUGGGAGGGUGCUGAGCAACAUCCUUAAAGACGCUGCUGUUCAACAAGAUCAAGGCUCAGACAGCAAAACCUCAGGCUUCCAGAGUGAUGGAUUUGACGUCUCACAGCUGGAACCUGCCUUAAUCGAGAACACGUUCAGCCGCAACCUUUCCGUCUCACGCUCAGGCCGCUACAAGGAAAAACGCAAGGUCCGAGCCACUCUGCCAACCAACAAGAACCUUUACGAAAGCAACACAGCCGUGGCCAAGUAGGCAUGCUAAAAUCCUAACAUCCACCACAGACACUGAUUACAAAGGAUCUCUUUGGUCAGUCAGUGAUGUUAAUGCUGCUUACAGUGGCUGAAGCUAACACAGUGAGCGUUCAAACAAUGCAAACAAUUUAAAACGUAUUUUGUUAAUUAGGGUUAUUAGGGUUAAUUACAUAGGUUGUUCAGUCAAGCUAAAUGCCCUCAGCUCUGAGAACAUGUGAAUGUUUAUUCAUAGCUACACUGUAUUUUCCUUAUCACCAGGAGUGGUAGCUGUUUAUGUGGAUAUAAAACAUUUAAGUUGCAUAAUUGGACUGAUUACAUUUAAGAGAAGACCUAAAGCUUUAAAGUUUCAGUUUUUCCUGAGACUGAACUGGCUGCACAUUUAUCCCUAACUUCUGUACAACAACUCAUAUUUUGUGUGUGUGUGUGUGAGUGCAUGCGUGUGUGCUUGUGGGUGGUCCAUUAUGAUGUCUCGUGUUCAUGUGGUAAAUAUUAAUACAAUGUCUAAGUGUUGUUCUACUGUUUAUUUGUGUUUAUUCUAUUAAUAUGAAGGGCCACUUAUUUAUUAUCUAAAUUGUAAAGUUUCAGUGCUUUUGUAGCUGUUUGUAUGAAGGAUUUUUACAUACAUGAGUGAGUUAUACAUGAAUGUAAAUGAAACUAAAUGUUUUUGUAGUCUGACUUCGUCGAAUGAUGUACUUUCAAGAGCCAUGUAGGGGAUAUCCCUCUGUCAUGCCUGUUCUGAAUGGGAUCAUUUUUGCACUAAUGGAUUUUGUAGGAUUAUAACAUUAAACAUUCGUGUUAAACUUAUAUUUAUACAUUUAUUAUAUGGAUGUAUGACAAGGUCAUGCAGUCAUAAACCAGUCCACAUAUUACUUGAGUGUUGUUUAUAAGGACUUCUACUUUAAAGACACAUUGUGUGUAAUGGCAGGUUGUGUAACGUUUAGAAAUGGAUGGAAUGUUAUGUUUAAAAGCCGAAAUAGAAGUUCGCUGUAGACGAGAUCAUACUGAUGCUUUACUAUCAUCUUGUUUAUCACUGUUAUCAGUAGAUCACUGUUUCCUUCCCAUUUUCACUGAGGCUGACAGUAAAUAAACUACCAAAGAGUUUUUAUUAUUACAGAACUUGAGUAAUUCAUCAAAAUACACUCAAUAUCACUUCCUCUGAUUUUUGCCUAGCCUUAUUGUUGGGGGUAAAGUUAAAUGGACAUUUUUUUAUCAUUAUCUUCACUGGUACAGCAUCAUGUUAACAACUGAAGAUUUCUACUGUUAGACUAAUUUAUCAUAUAAUUCCUAUGAAAAUUAAAUGAUAAAAGCUGUUGUUUUUCAUGCAGCCCAAUAUGGAAAUACAUUACACUUGAAAUCUUCCCACAGUUCUAUAUUUUCAGAGACAAUGAAAAUGUUUGUCAUCCCUAUUAAAAUUGAAUUCCAUCUAAA